ACACUGACUGCAGGUUGUUUAAUCAUUCAGUUUAGUGAUAACUGUUCAUACAAAACUAUCAAAAUGAAAGUGAUCUUUGUUGUUGCUGCGCUUGUCGCUGUUGCUUUGGCUGCCCCACAAGGCUCUGACAAGGAUGCCACUGUUCUUAGGAAUGACCUGGAAAAUAUUGGUGUUGAUGGAUACAACUGGGGAUAUGAAACAAGCAAUGGAAUCAAGGCUGAAGAACAAGGAACUCUGAACAAUGCUGGUUCUGAAAAUGAGAGCAUUUCUGUCCGUGGAUCUUUCACCUACACUGGUGCUGAUGGUGUCACCUACACUGUCAACUAUGUAGCUGAUGAAAAUGGUUUCCAACCGGAAGGCGCUCAUAUUCCCAAGUAAAUGAUAAAUUAGAAAAUAGAUGACGACUACUCUGCCAUUGGAUUAUUUAGUGUUAUAAAUAGUUGGAUUGAUCUUGUACAUAUUAUUACAUCAACAUCUGCAAUAGUGUAUAAAAUAUGCAAACGUGUUCAUUAAGGAAAUAGUUUACAUUACAAUUGUUACAUAUCUGUUGAAAGCAAGCAAUAUUUAAUAAAGCACAUAAAAAAUUAAUCAGAAA